CUCAGACUGCGAGAUGAAGACUCAGCAGACGCUCCAUGUGGCCACUCCAGUGAGGCAGAGCCUGGCUUUGACCAAAGUGGCCGGGACCUCGGUUUAUCUGAAGCUGGACUCAUCUCAGCCAACAGGAUCCUUUAAGAUCAGGGGCAUCGGCCACCUCUGUCAGACUUGGGCAGAGCGAGGCUGUGAGCGAUUUGUCUGCUGUUCAGGAGGAAAUGCUGGCAUGGCGGCGGCGUACUCAGCCCGCCAGCUCGGGGUUCCUGCCACCAUCGUGGUGCCAAGUGUCACACCGAAAUCAACAGUGGAGAGACUGAAGGAUGAAGGAGCCAACGUGGUCAUUCACGGCAAGGCUCUGAAUGAAAGCAUUGAGUACGGACAGCAGCUGGUGGCCAACAACCCCGGCUGGAUAUUCAUCUCUCCAUUCGAUGAUCCGCUCAUCUGGGAAGGCCACACGUCUCUGGUGAAGGAGCUGCAGGACGACCUGAGGGAGAAGCCGGGGGCCGUCGUGCUGUCGGUGGGAGGCGGGGGCCUGCUGAACGGCGUGGUGGAGGGCCUGCGCCGCGCCGGCUGGGCCGACGUGCCCAUCGUCGCCAUGGAAACCGUGGGAGCGCACAGCCUCAACGCGGCCGUGAAGGCGGGAGAGCUGGUGACUCUACCGGCGAUCACCAGCGUCGCCACCACGCUGGGCCUCACCAGGGUCUCCGCUCAGACCAUGAAGCUGGUGCAGGAGCACCAGGUUUUCUCGGAGGUGGUCACGGACCAGGAGGCCGUGAAAGCCGUGGAACUCUUCGUAGACGACGAGAAGGUCCUGGUGGAGCCGGCCUGCGGCGCCGCCCUGGCAGCGGUGUACAGCCACGUUAUCAGAAGGCUGCAGGACGAGGGCAGGCUGGCCCGGCGCCUGGGCCCCGUGGUGGUGGUGGUGUGCGGCGGCAAUAACAUCAGCAUGGAGCAGCUGAGCAGGCUGAAGAAGCAGCUGGGCGUCGCCUGACGCCGCCGACCUCCUCGGCUCCUCCCGA